AUGACGCCAAUGUCAACACCAUCAACUCAGCGUCGCAAUGAUCAUGAUGGUGAGAUCGCAAGAAGGACGCCCGCCAUCCACUUCGACAUGCUGGAGCUAGAGGACGGAGGCGUGGCGCCCGUUGGGGAUGCGGCCGACGUCUACUUCGUCAAGCUGGAGCCUGGAGGCACGGAGCAUGUAGGGAUGGUGCCGCGUGCCGCGGAGGAUGGCGAGAUAGAGCCGGCUAGGACGACGCCCGUCAUCUUCUUCAUCAAGCUGGCGCUAUGGAGUACGAAGGCGUGGAGGCUCGGGACGAUGGUGCCAUGGAGUUUGCCAAGAUGA